UGUCUUCCGCCCCCACCCUUGGGCGAUCUCGUUUCUAUUGCAUCACUACGUUUCAGGGAUAGGUGCCACUCACCCUCGCCUACGAGUCCAGUACGAUCCUAGAGCACAAAUACUUCACAGUGCCAUCCAUCACCGACAGGUCUAAGAUUUCUGUUUUCGACAUCGGUAACACUAGCUGAUCCCUGCGUUUGUUCCUUUCGAUUGUAAUUCUCAUUCCGGAGGCGAGAGGAAACGUGGUCAAACCUGAAGCAUUCACUCCUGGUACCCACUUUAUCCAGUCAUUUACUCACAGGAAUGGACACAUCGUCGAGCAGACCUCUACUCCCGCAGUCGCUUGAUGAAGCACGAGUUCUUCAGCUCCCUCGUGCUGCUUUCUAUAUCUCAGAGUUCAUUACCGAGGAUGAGGAGAAAGUCUUACUAGAGAAGAUAGCAUCUGCCCCGAAGCCUCGGUGGAAACAGCUGAGUCGACGUCGGUUACAGACCUGGCCGUCAGACCUUAUCAACAACAAACUGGUCGACGCUCCGCUGCCUUCAUGGCUCGAAGAGCCUGUCCUCACACGGCUGCUAUCACUCUGUUUGAAGGAAGGCGUAGCCUCCCAGUCGCACAUCUUUGAGGACAGUCCUCAUAAGCGACCGAAUCACGUUCUCAUUAAUGAGUACCCACCGGGUAUCGGCAUCAUGCCACAUAAAGACGGUGCUGCUUAUCAUCCAGUGGUUGCGACUGUGAGCCUCGGUGCAACCAUAUGUCUAAACAUCCAUGAAAUGAAGAAAGAAGGCACCCUUAACAAAACUCCAACUUGGAGAAUUCUACAGGAACCCAGAAGUAUUCUAAUCACAACCUCGGAUCUCUAUACAGAUUAUCUCCAUGGUAUUGACGAUAUAGUGGAAGACACUGAGCUCUCGGAGCUGACGAUUGCUAAUUGGUCCCUGCUAAGGUUGGGCUCAACCUUCCACGACGGCAAAAAUCCUCGUCAAACGCGUACCAGUUUGACAUAUAGAGACGUCCUGAGUGUCUCCAAGUUGGGAAGCAAAUUCAUGCUCAACAACAGCAGAAGAACAUUGACUUGAACUAACUCAGAAGAUAAUGGGUAUCAUUCUCCACUUGCCUUGCACUUUGUCGCUGCCAAAUUUCUCGCCAUACCACAAUUUGGUUCCAUGUGCAGUGACACCGAGAUUGAUCGAAACGAACAGCGUAGCGCAAAUGACAGUCCGAUUAUAAAGCUGACCUUGGGGGGCGGCC